AUGCCCCCACGCCGGAGCACGCGCGGCAAGGGGAAAGAUAGAUUUAGCGACGAUGAGCCUAUGGAGGACCCACCGUAUGUCGCAUGGAUGAAAGAGCAGAAGAAGCAGGGGAAGCCGUCCCCGUCAAUCAAGCAUAUGGCAAAGGCCAAGCGUGACUCCGCCGGCGCAUCCACUAGCGGAGGUGCACGGCGUGACUACGACGAUGGCGCCGACACUGACGUCAGCGACGACGAUCUCGAAGAGAUCGUCUCGGAAUCAGACAGCGAAGCCGAUUCCGACAACGACAAGGAUGGGAGCGACGACGACGGCCAGGAUGAGGACGGCGGCGAAGAGGCAAGCGGCGACGAACGCAGCACGCGCGCGUCGAAGAAGGACAAGCGCCCGCCUGCACCGCGCAAUAAGCGGGUGUGGUCGGACGCCGAGCUGGCCGUCCUUGCGGCCGCACGGUGGAACACAAAGGACGAUUUGAAAGCGAUGCAGGGCAAGCAAGGGAGUCAGUACUGGAUGAAACUGCGUGCACACAUCGUCGAAGGGGACGCCUCGUGGAACCGCGAUGAGGGGCAGAUGUCGAACGUGUGGAAACGCUUGGAGAAAAAGUACCUAAAAACGAAACGUGGUGAAGGGCAGAGCGGCGAGAAAGCAAUCAAGAAAAAGCCGUGGUGGGAGUACGUGUAUAAUCUCAAGAAGCACUCGGCCAAGGCGAAGGCUCACGCACUGGACGGAGGAGGCGCCGCCACCGUGGACGUCCCUGCAUACGCCCCGGCUGCGCCUCAGACGACGCCGGACCUCGCGCCACCUGUCGAUGCUACCGACGCCAACAUGGCGUUCACGGAGGAGGUGGCGGAGCAGCCCGAGCCUUAG